AGAAAGCGCAGACACCAUUAGACCAAUUUUCUUGAAAUUUGAGAGAGAGAGAGAGACAGAUAUCAUUGUUUGUGUUCUGUUGGAAGAAAAGUUUGAGAGAGAAAGAACGGGAUGUCGACGCUAGUACCUCCUCCUCCGAUGUUAUUCAACCCUCGUGAUGAUGCAAUGCAACUCUACCGUGCUUUCAAAGGAUUUGGUUGUGACACUCCAACAGUUACUAAUAUCCUUUCUCAUCGUGACGCUACCCAGCGUGCUUUAAUCCAGCAAGAGUACAGGAAUUUGAAAGGUGAAGAGCUCACAAAGCGUUUGUCUUCCGAACUCAAAGGUGACACCAAGAAUGCUGUUCUGCUCUGGUUAUAUGAUCCAGCAGGGCGAGAUGCAACAAUAGUAAAGCAGGCAUUUCUUGGAAACACUGUCGAUCUUCAAUGUUUAACUGAAGUAAUAUGUUCUCGUACCCCAUCCCAGAUACAAACAUUUAAGCAUAUAUACUACUCAAGAUAUUAUGUUCAGCUCGAGCAGGAUAUCCAAAGGAACACAACAGGGGAUCAUAAAAAGUUGCUGCUUGCGUAUGUAAGUGUACCAAGAUAUGAAGGACCAGAAGUUGAUCGAUUGUCAGCAGAACAGGAUGCCCAAGCUUUAUACAAAGCUGGAGAGAAGAAAAUAGGGACUGACGAGAAGACUUUCAUCCAAAUUCUUAGCGGACGCAGUCGGGCACAUUUGGCUGCUGUUAGUCAUGCUUAUCGCAGUAUGUAUGGAAAGUCACUCGUAAAGGCAAUAAAGAGUGAAACAUCUGGAAAAUUCUUGUUUGGUCUUUUGACAAUUGUAAGAUGUGCAGAAAACCCCGGCAAGUUCUUUGCUAAGGAGUUGUAUAAAUCAAUGAAAGGCUUGGGAACAAAUGAGGCAACACUGACAAGGAUAGUUGUGACAAGAACUGAAAUUGAUAUGUAUUACAUAAAGGCCGAAUACCAUAAGAAAUACAAGAAGUCUUUGGCGGAUGCUAUUCAUUCAGAGACAUCAGGUAACUACAGGACCUUCCUUCUUAGUCUUGUGGGAUCCUAGUAAUUAGAUUCCCCCCUUUGUGGAGUUUGAGCCAAUUCCUCUGAUUCUUCUUGGCCAAAGUCUCCCUCACCUUGCUUGUAUAUGGCUAACGUAGAGUCAUGUGUGUGUGUGUCUCGCUAAAAAAUCAACUAAUGUUAAAGUGUUAUUUUAAGAAUUGUACCUCUGAGUUUGUGUCAUUUUGAUUCCCUUGAUACGCUAAUGGUAAUGUAAAACAGAAAGUAGAUUGGGUGCAUUCCCUAUACAGGAAUUCUAAUGUGAAAUUUGUAAUCUUGAACGAAUUGAGAGACGUGUUAUUUAGCUCGAUGUAUCCUUGUGGGUAAGAAAACUAGUGUAAACAAGUUUUUGAUUUCA